GUAGAGUCUAAUCUGAUUCCUCAAUGAUUAGAUAUCUCCAUACACAUGCUGCUCUGAACUCUCCACCCUUUCCCUAUUUAUACCAUUCAUGGUUUCCUUCACCCUCUUCACUCCUCAAUUCAACUAUAAAUCUAUUUUCUCUCUAUCUUUCUCUUCAUAAAAAGUCAAUUUCAUCACCCUCUGUCACCAUCAAUCCACUCAACAUAGUCUUCAUCUAAAGAACACUGUUUCACACAAAUCAAAGGUUGUCUCAAGCCAACAAAAAAUGCAUGACAUUUGUCUCAACAUGCCCCCAAUGGUUCAGAACUUCGACCCUGAGGAUCUCUUCUCAAGGCGUUGCAUUUGGGUGAACGGACCUGUGAUAGUAGGUGCUGGUCCUUCGGGUCUUGCAGUGGCUGCAGGCCUCAAAGACCAAGGUGUUCCAUUCAUAAUCCUUGAGAGAGCAAACUGCAUUGCCUCUCUCUGGCAAAACCGCACCUAUGAUCGCCUCAAGCUUCACCUUCCCAAACAGUUCUGCCAGCUUCCAAACUUCCCUUUCCCUGAGGACUUCCCUGAGUACCCCACAAAGUUUCAGUUCAUAAGCUACCUUGAGUCCUAUGCCAACCACUUCAACAUAGCCCCACAGUUCAAUGAAACAGUGCAGUCUGCAAAGUACGAUGAGACCUUUGGCCUUUGGAGGGUCAAGACCAUCAGCAGGAGGAAAGGGCCCUCCUCAGCUGCUCAGUGUGAGGUCGAGUACAUUUGCAGGUGGCUUGUGGUUGCCACCGGCGAAAACUCAGAGAAAGUGGUGCCUGAGUUUGAAGGGUUGGGAGAGUUUGGUGGCCGCGUCAUGCAUGCUUGUGAGUAUAAAUCUGGAGAGGGUUUUUCUGGACAGAAAGUGCUUGUUGUUGGGUGCGGGAAUUCAGGCAUGGAGGUCUCGCUUGAUCUAUGUAACCACAAUGCAAAACCUUCAAUGGUGGUUAGAAGCUCGGUUCAUGUUUUACCAAGAGAGGUUUUUGGGAAAUCUACUUUUGAAGUUGCUGUGAUGUUGAUGAAGAGGUUACCUCUGUGGAUGGUUGAUAAGAUACUGCUGAUUCUGGCACGUUUGAUUUUGGGGAAUGUUGAAAAGUAUGGUCUGAAAAGGCCUUGUGUGGGUCCUUUGGAAUUCAAGCACACCGCAGGGAAGACCCCUGUGUUGGACAUUGGGGCCCUUGAGAAAAUUAGAUCUGGCAAAAUCAAAGUGGUUCCUGGAAUCACAAGGUUCUUGCCAGGGAAAGUUGAACUUGUUGAUGGCCAAGUUCUUCAGAUUGAUUCUGUGGUUCUUGCCACUGGUUAUCACAGCAAUGUACCAUCAUGGUUGAAGGAAAAUGAGUUCUUUUCAAACGAUGGAACUCCAAGAAACCCUUUUCCAAAUGGGUGGAAAGGAAAAGGUGGUCUUUAUGCAGUUGGAUUCACAAGGAGAGGCCUUUCUGGUGCAUCUUUGGAUGCAAUUAAUGUGGCUCAUGACAUUGCCAAGAGUUGGAAAGAAGAAACAAAACAGAAGAGGAAAACUGUGGCAGCACGUCACAGGAGGUGCAUAUCACACUUCUAAUCAACAAACUCACUUUCAUCACAACCAUUUUCAGCUUCUUUUCUUUCUUUCUCAUCAAUCCCAUAAAGAGAUCAUGCUCAUAACUUACAACAUAGUACACUCCCAAUACCAGUUUAAUUAACUAUGUUUUCAGUCACUAAAGUUUAGUGUGAAUUCGGUUUUGGUUUUUCAAAUUCUGAAAAAAAAAAUCAUUUUAAUUUCUUAAAGUUAAUGUAUAGGAGUAUAAUUUUUUUUUAAAUAGAUAAAAUGAUUUGAGAUACCAAAACCGAAUUUAUUUUAAACUCUAGAAACUCAAUGCAUAGUUAAACUUUAAGAAAAUUUAGUAAGUGAGUGAUCUCCCACAAAUAAGCUUUGUUUCUUUCUCUACUUUAGGAAAAAAAAAAUAUAUAGUAAAAAAAAAUUAGCCCUCUCCUUAAGGAAACCAGUCUGUGAAAAUAAUUUGGCUAUUUUUGUAUAAAGGAAGAUGAGGCUUGUUUGCUUCUUUUUUUCUUAAUGUAAUUGUUUAUUGUAUUUUAGUUGUAAGGAAUAUUGAUUCAUACUUGAUUAAUGUUGAAUUACAUUAUUUAUGUUUAAUUAAUAAAGUCAAUGCU